CCAGGCGGUAUAAAGCCCGGGGCCGGAGGGUGGGGUGCAGAGCUGGGAGCAUUAGCUGGGUGAACAUGGGUAACAGGGUCACCCGCGGGGACUUCGAGUGGGUUUACACGGAGCAGCCCCACACUCAGCGGCGGCGGGAGAUCCUAGCCAAAUAUCCAACAAUUAAAUCUUUAAUGGGACCAGAUCCCCACUUAAAAUGGAUUGUGUCUGGAAUGGUGUUGACACAGCUUCUAGCCUGCUACUUGGUGAAAGCUUUAUCUUGGAAAUGGAUUUUCUUCUGGGCUUAUGCUUUUGGGGGCUGCAUCAAUCACUCAAUGGCACUAGCGAUCCAUGAUAUUUCACACAAUGUUGCCUUUGGUAACAAGCAGGCUAAGUGGAAUAGAUGGUUUGCAGUCUUUGCCAACCUGCCAUUUGGACUUCCUUACUCCGCCUCCUUCAAGAAAUACCACAUCGACCAUCAUCGAUACCUUGGUGGAGACACUUUGGAUGUGGAUGUUCCAACUGACUUCGAAGGCUGGUUCUUUUGCACUCCAUUUCGGAAAUUUAUUUGGCUCAUCCUCCAACCAUUCUUCUAUAGCCUGAGACCUCUUUACGUGAACCCCAAAGCAGUUACUCAGAUGGAAAUAUUUAAUGCCCUGGUACAAUUCUCUAUUGAUUUUAUAAUCUACUACUUAUGGGGCCUGAAGCCUGUUAUUUAUUUAAUAGCAGGCACAUUACUUUGCAUGGGUUUGCAUCCUAUUGCCGGGCACUUCAUAGCAGAACAUUACAUGUUCUUAAAAGGCUACGAAACCUAUUCUUAUUAUGGACCUCUCAACUGGAUCACCUUUAAUGCAGGCUACCACAUGGAGCACCAUGAUUUCCCCAGCAUUCCUGGAUGCAAGCUGCCAAUGGUGAAGAAGAUAGCAGCAGAAUAUUAUGACAACCUUCCGCAGCACCAAUCUUGGGUUCGAGUUCUCUGGGAUUUUGUUUUUGAUGACAGCAUUGGUCCUUACUCACGGAUUAAGAGAAUAUGUAAACUAGCAACAGAAAACCAAUAGAUUUGCUUUAGCAUCUUCAUUAAUAAUGUUUAAAAAAAAAUCCAAUUUUCAUGAACUUGAGUUUUCAGAGCUAUAAAUGAUCUGACGUAAUAUUUCUAUGCACUUACCUUUUCUGUAGUACCAAAGGUGAUGAAAUAUUGAAGGAAACCACAGGCACUGUUUUAGAAUACUGUAAAUUUUAUUAAAAGGAUUUUUGCUUAUGUAACAUUGCUCUUUGGCAGGAUAUCACACAUGUAUGUUUAUAGCAGAGGCUACAUAGAUGCACCAUCCUUUGUAUCUGGGUGAAACUGUUACAUUUUAAAUCCACAUUAAACAUUUUCCCCCCUUUU